AUGGCCCAGGAAGGCGCGCCGUCCGCGUACCGGGCCUCGCGCUCGAUCCCAAAGACGCCAGGGCGUGGUGCGGUAAAGAGCAAGAACAUGUCGGAGAAGGAAAUUGAGCGUCUCGCCCGCCGCGUCUCGACGGUGCAAAAGUCCACGCGCAAGGUGAUGCGGUCUAUCCACGACGACACGCUCGGCGAUCAUACGCCGCAGGCGUCUGAGAAAGGGGCAGACGAAACGCCGCUGCCGCGGGCGCGUGUGCGCGAUGCGGAUGCGCUGCCCGAGCUCGCGCGGCGCGAGUCGUACCUGCACGAGGCGAGCUUUGUACAGAACCCGCUCGGCGGCCGUCUCCCGUCGACGACGCCGCGCAAGCUCGCGCGCCCCCGCGCGUACGACCUGGUGGGCGACGUGCCCCCCGACGAGCGUCGUGUCGAUGCGGCGCCCGCGACGCCGAGCAAAGACAUUCCGCUGCGGAGCGUCGAUACGCAGCUCCAAGACGUGCUCAUCCUCGAGGACCUGCUCUACGUGCUGGUCGGCAUUGAAGGCAACUAUAUCCAAUUCGCGCCGGGGUACAAACCCGAUGACCUCGGGCACCGCCUGAACGGCGCGACCUUUACCAUUGAUGCGGACCUCGACCGUUCCCUACGUGAUUUGACCGAGCGUAUUCUCCCCCUUGCCUCGUAUUACACGUCGAUCUAUGCGUUCGUCGAGCGCGACUCUGGCCUCGAGUACGGCACCGUGAUGCAUGCGCUGUGCGCCGCGAUCCGGCAGCAGCUCAAUGCGUACGAGGACCUCGUUGCGGAUAUGGAGCAGCGCAUGCUGAGCUCGCCCGACUUUACGCUGCAGCAGCUGUGGCUUGCGUUGCACCCGACGCUGCGCACCUUUGGCCUGAUCCACUCGCUUACGUCCGAGAUUGCGAGCAUUACGCACGCUGACGUCCUGCCCCGUGCCGAGGCCGAGGAGGAAGAGAGCGACGAGUCGCUCGACUAUGACAGCGACGGGUCGCAGCUCGAGCGCGACCGGCGCGCCCUGCUGGGCCUGGACGAUGCGCUGGACGAGGAUAUCGAGGGUGGUGUCGUUAAAGGCGGCGAAGUGCUGUCCAUGCUCUGGGACCGUCUCACGCGUCUUGGCGGUGCGCCCGACGCCCAUGCGCUCUUUCUCGAGCUCUUCCGCGAGGCGUCGCAGCCGUACGCCCGGAUCUUGCUGCGCUGGAUCACGUCCGGCCAGCUUCUCGAUCCGUACGAAGAGUUUAUGAUCGUCGAGGAUGCACGGGUGACGCAGGCGAGCCUCGAGUCGGACCCCACUGACGAGUACUGGGAGCGGCGGUACAUGCUGCGCGACGAGCGCAUCUUUGCGUUAAAAGAGCAAGAGCAGCGCGAUGCGCCGGCCCCCCCCGCCGAGGUCGACCAGGCGCGAGGCGAGCUGACCGGUGGUGCCAAGAUUCCCAGCUUCCUCGAGCCGUGGAAGUACAAGAUCUUGUCUGCGGGCAAGUACCUCAAUACGAUCCGCGAGUGCGGUAUCGACGUGUCGGAUACCAAGUCGCCGCGUGUCCUCGCGCUGUUUGGGCACCAGGACGCGCAUGUCGAUACCUAUCUCAAGAAGGAGGCGCAUAAUGAGCGUGUCGUGAUGGACGACGAAGCAUUUACGACGGUCGUCGAGAAUGCGUACCAGCGUGCAAACGCCGCGCUACUGCGGCUGCUGGUGAAUGACAAGGAGAUUGUGCGGCGCCUUGCGUCGGUGAAGCACUACUUUUUCUUUUCGCCGACCGAUUUCCUGCAAGCGUUCCUCGACCAGACCGAGCACGAGCUGCGCAAGACGGUGGAUCCCCAGCGGAUCCGCGAGACGACGCUCCUCCGCCUGCAGUCGCAGCUCGAUUCGGUGCUGGGCAGCUCGGACACGGUGGGCUACUACGACCCCUUUAAAGAGGACCUCCGUGUGGACCUCGCCAAGGAGCGCGUGUACGACCAGCUGCAGCGCAUUGCGGAUACCAAAGGUGUCAUCGAGGUGGCGAAGCUGCGCGACAAGCAGCAGGCCGAGCGCCAGCAGGCUGGCUCCCGUGAAAUGGCCAUGCACCUCGUCCAGUUCGACGUCCACGUCCAGUUCCCCAUCUCGUUGGUGAUCUCGAAGAAGAAUAUUUUGCGCUGGCAGUUUAUCCACCGCUCGCUCCUCCUGCUCAAGGUGCUGGAGCGUGCGCUGGGCGAGUCCUGGGAAGAGCAAUCGCGGCCCAUGUGGCGGCGGCGCGACGCACGGCCCCACGCCGCAGCGAUCGAGCAGUGGAAGAUGCGGACGCACAUGCUUCGGCAGCGCAUGCUGCUGCUGGUGCAGCAGCUCCUUUCUUUCUACACAUCCGAGAUCCUCGAGCCGAACUGGACCGAGCUCGAGCGCAAGAUGUACGCGGCGCAGUCUGUCGACCAGUUUAUGAAGCUGCACUUUGACUUUUUGAAUACGUGCCGCAAAGAGUGCAUGCUGACCGACUACCGCUACCUGGAGUGCCACCGCAAGCUAAUGAAGACGAUUACCGCGUUUACCGAUAGCCGAGUGCGUCUCAACGAAGAGUACGACGCGAUGGAGGCCGAGCUCGACCGGUGGUACGCGUCCAAGGACGAGCCGGAUGCGCCGCCCGCACCGACCUUUGCCUCGGAGACGGACCUCCUCGCGCGCAUCGAAGCCGCAUGGACCAAGCAAUCCCGCACCUUUCGCGACGUGGUCAACCUCCUCUCGACGACCGACAACCCCGCAGCACUGCCCCUCGCCUACCGCCUGCAGACCUCCCUCCAAUAG